AUGGCUAGCUUUAGUCGGCCUAAUCAAAGACACUGUAUUGUAACCUGUAACAGCUGCGUGCACAGCCUGCAAAUUACGCCACCAUCCCAAAGCAGAGACCUUUCCCUACGUCUUUGCAUGCUUUCUCACUGCUUCUUCCACCAUUUUUCGGCCUUCUUUUGUCCGGACUGUUGGUCUUCGAACCACUCCCACGGGAUUUGCUUCCUCCAUCAGGACUUCUAG